GUCUAUAGAUUUGUGGAGAGACAAUUAAGCGGCAAGGAAAAUGAUAUAAAAACUAUGUACAUGUUUUUUAUUUAGACUGUGUUUAGAAUAAUGUGUUGCGUCGCAUCCACUAAUAGCAUAUACGAUGUGACGUUCAACUCUCCACUCGUGGUUGAACCGAUACCCAUCCGCCCCAUCGCUGCUUCCAUUGACUUGUGUAAUUACAUUUGGUUGGAGUUAAUAUCCAAUUAUAAUGCCAAAUCGCCAAUUCAUUCGCGCGCCCUGUAAGAGUGGGCGAUCACAUCGGACCACCACAAGCAUCCGAUCCCUCCGCCACAAUUCCAUGGCCGAUUCUCCCCUGAAGAAACCAGAGCUCUUUGAACUCAACAAUGGAACCAUGCAGAUCAAGGUCUCCAACUAUGGCUGCACCAUCACCUCCUUGUCCGUACCCGACAAACAUGGAAACCUAGCUGAUGUUGUUCUCGGAUUCGACUCUCUAGAACCCUAUCAGAAUGGUGCUUCACCUUUCUUUGGCUGCAUCGUGGGUCGGGUUGCAAAUAGGAUCAAGGACGGAAAGUUUACACUUGAUGGGGUUCAAUACACUCUGCCCAUCAACAAGCCCCCAAAUAGCCUCCAUGGUGGAUUCAAGGGUUUUGAUAAGGUUGUUUGGGAUGUUGUUGAACAUAAACAGUGUGAAAAUCCAUCCAUCACUUUCAAGUAUCAUAGUCGUGAUGGCGAGGAAGGUUACCCAGGAGACGUUUCUGUAACUGCAACUUACACCCUUACUUCAAGCACAACAUUGAGACUUGACAUGGAGGCUAUUCCUGAAAACAAGCCCACUCCUAUCAGUUUAGCUCAGCACACUUACUGGAACUUAGCUGGUCACAACUCUGGAAACAUACUCGACCAUUCCAUUCAAAUACAUGCAUUGCACCUCACUCCUGUGGAUCAGAACACUAUUCCAACCGGCGAAAUCAUGCCAGUUAAAGGCACUGCGUUUGAUUUCACCAGUGAGAAUAAAAUCGGGAGCUUGAUCGAUGAUGUUGGCUUAGGUUAUGACCACAAUUAUGUGCUCGACUGUGGGGAUGAAAAGAUGGGCUUGAGACAUGCUGCAAAAGUGGGGGACCCGUCGAGCUCAAGGGUCCUAGACUUGUGGACCAAUGCCCCCGGUAUGCAAUUCUACACUGGUAACUAUGUGAAUGGGGUUGUGGGUAAAGGUGGAGCUGCAUAUGGAAAGCACUCUGGACUUUGUUUGGAGACACAGGGAUUUCCAAAUGCUAUCAAUCUGCCAAAUUUUCCAUCUGUGGUUGUUAAACCCGGGGAGACGUAUAAACAUAUCAUGUUAUUUGAGUUCUCAGUUAAGGUUUAGUCUUCUGAUUAAAUACUUGAAUUAGGUCUGCCUCUUCGGGUCUGUUUAUGCCUCAGGAUUUUUGGGCCAAAAAUAAUGUUGACAAAAACUUAAAAGUGUGGAUUCUAGAGAUGUUUUUCUUGUGGAUGAAAAUAUGUUUGUGGUGUUAGGAAUGCAUAAGAAUGAGAAAUUAUGUA